AUGACUUCGCUCGAGUACAAGCCUGAUCCCGGCGCCACCCCAGAUGACCACUGGGCCACCGUCUAUCUGUCCAUGCGCGAUGCGUCGGGAGAGAUACCCAUCAACUACAUAACCCAUCCAGGUGUGCAUGUUACGCAAGCAUGCUUUGCCGAUGGGGUGUACGACGAUCUCCCGACGCAGACCUGUAUUUCAAAUCUGUUCGCCCGCCAUUUCCGCCGACUAAUCAUCGAUCUAUACUGGGACAACAUCAACCGCCAAUUCAACCUCUGUCCUGUCGAAUUACCUCCGCUGGUUGGCAACUCAUCGGCUGGCUACAGCGUCGAUACGUCUGCACUCUACUCGAUCACAGAGUCCACAUCGCUCAGUCCCACAACUCCGACCACCAUAGUUGCGUCAAAUGCAACAACAUCUUUAGGAAACUCCCGUGACAAGCGCCAGUCUUCGGAUCCGUCCUUGACCGCCUCAACAUCAUCGACAGAUUCUUUGCCUGCUACGUCUGUGAACGCCACUGCGACGGUCAGUAGCAGUGCUGCCACCUCGACCACCGGUGUGGCAGUUCCCACUUCCACGGGUGCUUCUGGUAGCACGUUACUGGAGUUGGGUCCUUACGUGUGCAGCCUCGAUCUUAACCUCGGCUCCAUCAUUUCUUUGUACGAUGACUACUUUGACCACACAUCAGAUACCAUCUCAGCACGACUACAGUUUCUGGAUAUCAAUCUCCACGCUGCGGCACCUUUUACAGAUCCUUCAGCUCCUGCCCAUACGCCCAUGUCCGGUCGACUCCCCAGUGGCGAGGAUCUUGUAGGAGCUAAGUUUCGCAACAAUUUUGCGAGGAACGUCUUCACACCGCAGGACCUGGAAGAGGAUCGACAGAAUCUCAAUCGGUCCUGGUUUCGAGACAAUUAUCGAGUCAACACUGACACGGCAUACUUUAGCACCGUAGCCACAGCCAAGGACCGCGUGCUUUCCACCCCGGACGGCUGGCCGGGUGAAGCUUGGGUCUUGCUCACCGACAGUCGGAGGCUUCUGGUGAGCUGGGGCCAGAUUGAUGCUCAAAUGGCACAGUAUGAUUUCCUGACCGACUCAAGCAACGUCUUCAAUGCAAGUGAUCUGAACACAACUCCGGCAGUUGAAUGGGACGCCCGCGGCGAUAUAACAUCGGGCUGCUUCUACCACGAAGGGGAGAGCACUUUCGCCGCGACCAACGGGUCCUGGGCAGUGGCGGUCAUCGAUAACACAGACCCCAGCGCUCUUCCCACUCUCGCCCAGAACAUGACAGCAUGUGGCAUCUCUCCGGUGCUUAACAUGACCAUUGGUGGCUCCAGCCCACUAAACAAUAUGUCAUCCUAUCGUGACUUUGUCCAAUCGACCGUCUUUGGGUGGGCUCCGGGUGAGCCGGCAAACGCUUCCUCAAUGAAGGAGAAUGACGACUUGCGGUGCGCCGUACUGGACUCGACCGGUGGUUACCGAGGGCACUGGCGCGUCGAAACCUGCCAGAAAUCACGCAGGGCUGCCUGUCGUAUUGCUGGCCAACCAUAUGCGUGGCGGCUGUCCACGUUCAACGUCCCUUUUGGUGCUGCUCCCGAUGCAUGUCCAGAACAUACCGAGUUUGAUCUUCCAAGGACCGGGCUUGAGAACACAUACCUGUAUCAUAAGGUGCUGAAUGAUACCUCUCGCGACUGUGAUGAUGAUGAUUGCGACGAGAUCAUGUCCGGGAUCUGGAUCAAUUUCAACUCCCUCGACCAGCCUAAUUGUUGGGUGAUAGACGGUCCGAACGCGACCUGUCCAUACUCGGACUUUCAAGAAGGACAGCAACAGCGACAGAUCCUCAUCCCUACCAUCGCAGCCAUUAUCAUCUUAAUCUUGAGCGUUUUGACUCUGCUGGUCAAAUGUAACCAGAAUCGCAGGAAUGGCCGGGCAAGGAGACGGGGAGAAAAUGGAUGGGAGUACGAGGGGAUUCCUUCCUGA